UGCAAGACGAGGCAUAACCUUAUACCACACAUGCAUGGGGUACCCGCCUCGACCAUGCUACGCGCCGUCCCCCCCUUCAUAGCACAAGGCUAAACAGAGAGACCGGCUUGGCCCCCUCCUUCACCGUUAUGUUAUGCCGGCUCAUCUACGAUCCAUCUAUCUUGGGUUUAAUCUUAGCAUCUCGCCUGCCCUGCCCUGCCCUGUCCCGUGCCGCUCCCGGCCACAGGCAACGAGCCUUGCAAAGGCCCACCACCCAAGCAAGGAUGCCCAGGUCGCCGGGUCCCUCCGCAUUCUUGGAACGCGAUUGAUCAUGGGAGGGCCACCACUGCCAGACAACCACAUCCCAUUUCUCAGUCACCGUGCGAUGGAGAUACUCUGCCUGCUUGCUCUACUGGGUACGAUACACGUUUGGCAUCUGCCGGCCGGUGGUUUGCCUUAGUUUGGCUAUCCCAACUUUCCCCGCUUACCUUUCCUUCAACGCAUUCAUUGCCGGCCGGCAUGACCAAACCAUCGCCGGAACUCAGCCAAGGCGCGCUCUUGGUGGGUGGCGCUGGUCUCGUCACUACGGUAAUCACUAUCCGUCACUUGU